CUCAAACACCAUGCAAGGAUUCAAAUUGAGUGUGGCAUAUCUUGAAGCAUAAGUGUAGGGUGAAGUUACAGAAAGGUUCAGGUUUACUCUGUUAUUACUCAAAACAUCAUUCCUUCAUUCUUCCAAAGCUUUGGCUGCGAUAUCAUCUCUACAAGCAGAGACCUCAGCUCAUGCAGCACAUGCAAAGAUGGCUGUCGAGUACCAUUCCUCUACAGCGAAAAACAUGGAAAGUAAAAUUGGCUAUGAGCAGUUUUUUGAGGAUGGCAUCAAGCUCCGGUAUUCAGUUCAUUCAUUGAGAAACAACCCAUACCGGGUUGCUACAGUUUGCCUCAGCCUGCUGUGUGUUGUCCUGUUGGCUGGGGUCAUAGGUCAGAGUGUCCACUAUCAAAAAAUAGAACAAGACCAGCAGAACAACCUAAAAGCCGUGAUUAAAGAGAAAGAGACUGUACAGGAGAACCUAAAGACGGUGAAAAAAGAGAAAAGGGAUCUUGAGACCACACGUGAUAACCUACAGCAAAACUUAGAUUAUGUAUCUAAAAGAAGAGACCAGAUACAGACAAAUAACAGAUUACUGACUGAAGAAACAAGCAACCUUAAAGCUAGCAAAACCCAGCUUCAGACCACUAAUGCGGCUUUACAGAAAGAGACAGAACAGCUAAGGGCCAGUAACACUCAGCUUCAGACUAAUAGUGAUACCUUGACUACAGCCAGAGACCAAUUACAGCAACGCUAUGAUUCAGCGGUCAAACGCAGAAAUGAGUUACAGGCCAGCUAUGACUCAGUGACCAAAGACAGGGACAAUUUACAGAACAAAUACAAUAAUGCAACCAGAGCAAGAGACCAGCUGCAAAAGGAUUACAACACCAUGAUCGUGACUGUAGAGCAUUUGCAGGACAGAUACAACUACUCUUCCAAUGAGAAAGACAAGCUAGAAAGCAGUCACCAAAACCUUACCAUAGCAAAAGACACUCUGGAGGCCACUUACAAAGUGCUGGUAAAAGCAAGAGAUGAGUUGCAGACUUCUUAUAACUCCUUGAUUAAAGAAAAAGAAGAUCUUGAAAGCAGUUGCAAAAUUGUAACUGAUGAGAGAAACCUGUUCAGGAUUAAAAAUGACAACCUGACAGCUGAGAGAGACCAGCUGCAGAAGGAACUUGAGACCACAAAGACUCAAACUAUUUCGAACAAGAGAUGCCCCACUGGCUGGAGGAAAUACCAGGGCAGCUGCUACUUUCCGUCUGCUAGCAAGAAAUCCUGGAGGCUGAGCAGAGAAGACUGUCAACGCAAAGGAGCAGACCUGGCAAUCAUAACAAGCCAAGAGGAAAUGAACUUCGUUAAUAGCUUGUAUACAACUGACAAAGAAGUCUGGAUUGGAUUGACUGAUGAAGGAGUAGAAGGGCAUUGGAAAUGGGUAGAUGGGACACCACUGGUCACAGCGUUCUGGGGUAAAGACCAGCCCAACAGCUUUGAUGGGAGGAACCAGGACUGUGUGGAGUUCUGGCGCCGUUCGACACGGGCUGGCAACUGGAAUGAUGAGGCCUGUAACGUAGAUGAACAUUAUCUCUGUGAGAUGUAGUUUUCCUGUACAGAGAGGCCUAGAGCUUUGGCCUUAUUGGCCAAUGUCUGGUGCUGAUUAUCAUCAUGCAAGGUCAGUACAGUUAGAGCUGGGUGAUAUAUUGAAUAUAUUCACUAUAUUUAAAUGUCAAUAAUAUGCGUUUUGAGUUUUCAAUAUUGCUACUUGCUGCCACUGAGGGUAGUUACAUUAUUUUAGUCAGCCAUUAAGCUUAGAUGAGUUUAAAUUGCAGUGCAAUAGUUAGUGAAAGGCUGUGUGUUGUAUUUGUUGCCACAGAAAAGAAAUAACAAGUACCUGUUCAUGUAAUGUUUAUAUAGUGUCGUACUUUUCACAGCUGAGUUGCCCUAGACUGUGAACAACUAGUUAACAGCUACCAGUCACUGAGUUUUUUUUUUUUUUUACUUUUUUAGUUACUUUACCCACAGAUUGUGGGUGACUGACUUCUAACUGCUAACCACUGUAACAUUACACAAACAGCCAUUCAGUGACU